UCUCCAUCACGGUCUUUACUAGCUCGUUUCAUUUCGAACGACUCGCGGUUUCUUUCGCUGGUUUACGCUUCAGCUUCACCAUUUGGUUCGGGAAAACGACAGAGUAUUGUUAAUUAAUAAGCGAACAGUUUUAAACACCGAAUCCGCGGCUCUUCCUGUAUUCAAGGGUGCGCUCUAACACGUUGUCAGCUAACGUUAGCUUCCUGUGAGCCAACGGGUCUGUGGCGCUAACAGGCUAAGGCUAGCAGACUCUCCUGGGUGUAUGUAGACUGUGAGCUAACAGGCUAACGCUAACAGACUCUCCUGGGUGUCUGUAGACUGUGAGCUAACAGGCUAAGGCUACGGUGUGUGUAGGACUGUGAGCUAACCGGCUAAGGCUAGCAGACUCGGUGCCUGUAGGACUGUGAGCUAACAGGCUAAGGCUAGCAGACUCGCCUCCGUGCCUGUAGGACUGUGAGCUGUUACUGUUCUGUCUUCUCUUCUUUAUCUGGUACAAAAUGGCGACAGAGGAGAAGAAACCCGAGACAGAUAAUAAACAGUCCUCGUCCGGAUCCGGCAGCAAGUCCAACCCAGCCAAACCCAACUACGCGGUGAAGUUCACCCUCGCAGGACACACCAAGGCUGUCUCCUCUGUCAAGUUCAGUCCUAAUGGAGAAUGGCUGGCCAGUUCCUCUGCCGAUAAGCUGAUAAAGAUCUGGGGAGCGUAUGAUGGCAAAUUUGAGAAAUCCAUUGUCGGCCACAAGCUGGGAAUCUCGGAUGUCUCGUGGUCGUCUGACUCGAACCUUCUUGUUUCUGCCUCUGAUGACAAAACCCUCAAAAUCUGGGACAACAGCUCUGGGAAGUGUCUGAAGACGUUGAAAGGUCACAGUAAUUAUGUUUUCUGCUGUAACUUCAACCCCCAGUCCAACUUGGUGGUCUCUGGAUCGUUUGAUGAGAGUGUGCGUAUUUGGGACGUGAAGACAGGGAAGUGUUUGAAGACACUGCCAGCGCACUCUGACCCUGUUUCUGCAGUCCAUUUCAACAGGGACGGCUCUCUUAUCGUCUCCAGCAGUUAUGACGGCCUUUGUCGUAUCUGGGACACCGCGUCAGGACAGUGUCUGAAGACUCUGAUUGAUGAUGACAACCCUCCAGUGUCAUUUGUCAAGUUCUCCCCCAAUGGCAAAUACAUCCUGGCUGCUACCCUGGACAACACUCUCAAACUGUGGGACUACAGCAAGGGCAAGUGUCUGAAGACGUACACCGGCCACAAGAAUGAGAAGUACUGUGUGUUCGCUAACUUCUCUGUCACAGGAGGGAAGUGGAUUGUUUCAGGCUCUGAGGACAGCAUGGUUUACAUCUGGAACCUUCAGACCAAAGAAAUUGUUCAGAAACUACAAGGACACACAGAUGUGGUCAUCUCAACAGCUUGUCAUCCUACUGAGAACAUCAUCGCCUCUGCAGCCCUGGAGAACGACAAGACCAUCAAACUGUGGAAGAGUGACUGUUAGGCUGACCGACUGUUAGGCCGACCGACCGACUGACUGACUGUUGGACCGACUGUUAAGACUGACUGACGGUUUGAUGAACUGCCAGCUAAAAACACUCAUAGCUGGAACCAGCAACCAUGGAGCAGGACUGUGUGGUCUCUGAAAACCAAAACAACCAGACUGUUUAAGGCUCUGCGUCUCCUGGUUCACCUCCACCAUCCCAGCACCAGAAGCAGCUGUUUGAUGGUCUGGUUAGGCAUCCUCAUCCAAACAGACAAUGUAUUCCUGACUGGCUGUGACAACACCACACCAGUCUGAAGAGACAAAAGCUGUGCCUUUGGGUUUUUAAAGCCUCGGUAUCAGUUGUGAGCAGGUAGUCUUCUUCCUCACGUCUGAGAACUGGGCCGUGAGCUGGUUUAGCUCUUUUUGUUCUAAAUGUUUGUUUCAUACGACUCCAGUUCAGUUGAGCUCGUUAGAAAGCCCACAUUUACCAGUAUAGAGACUGACAGUUGUGCCACCUGGUGUUGAGAUGGUUUACUGGUAACCAGAUAUGGACCGUCCCAGACCAAAAUGUAGUCUACACUCUAUGCCCUACAUCCUACAUCCUGCAUCUUACAUCCUCGCUCCUCUCCUUAAACUGUGGCUUUGGGCGCAGUUUGACCUGCAGCGUUGUGCCAGUGACUCUUAGCUAGAAGUUGUCUGACUGGACAUGGUCAGUGUGUUCUGUUGUUUGAUUGGUCCACAUUUUCCAUAUGAUAAACACAAUACACAUAAGUCCACAUUAGCGACGCUCGUCAUCAUCAUCGCCCCCCGGCUCUUCACCUGACUGAGUUAACUAACAGCCAUCGGAUUAUUUGAUAAAAGAAAUGAACAUUGUAAUGAGUUUUUCAGUUAUGUCAUUGAGCUCUUUGUAAAUAAACUUUACUGUUUUU